AUGGCGUCCACCGCGGCAGGGAAGCAGCGGAUCCCCGAGGUGGCGAAGGAUGACGGCAUGAAACACAAGAUCCUGAUUGUCCUUUCAAUUCUUUGGAUUCUGAAAAGACACAGGGAGCAUAAAAGUGAAGAACGAAGCUCCUGCCGAGGUGCAGAUCACCGCCGAGCAGCUGCUGAGAGAAGCCAAGGAGAGGGAGCUGGAACUUCUGCCGCCCAAGCAGGAGAUUACCGUCAAGGAGGAGCUCAACGACUCCAAGCUGAGGAAGAGGAAGAUGACGUUGUCCUGUUGGCUUCAUCGGACCGGGACCUUCAGCAUGUGCUGGGGCGGUUUGAGACCGAGUGCGACGCAUCAGGGAUGAGAAUCGGCACCUCCAAGACCGAGGCCAUGGUUCUCCAUCGGGAAAGGGUGGCGUGGAGAAGUCCUGCCAUCAGGUGGAGGAGUUCAAGUAUCUCGGGGUCGGUGUCCCGGACCGUCGUGGUGAAGAAGGAGCUGAGUCGAAAGAAUCAUAAAGGAAGACCCAAAAGACACUGCUGUGAUGAUUGCGAGCAAGUCUUCACCACUUCAUCAAACCUAAAGAUCCAUAAGAAAACUCACACUGGUGAUAAACCAUACAGCUGUGAUCAGUGUGGUGCGGCUUUUACCCGACGAGAUCAUCUAAAGAAUCACCAACGUAUUCACACGGGAGACAAGCCUUACAGAUGCGAUCAUUGUGGAAAGGCUUUUACCGAGCAAUGUCAUUUGACGAGACAUCAACGUAUUCACACUGGAGACAAGCCCUACAGGUGUGAUCAGUGUGGAGCGGCUUUUGCCGGGCAAGGUACUCUAAUGAGACAUCAACGUAUUCACACUGGAAACAAGCCUUACAGGUGUGAUCAGUGUGGAGCGGCUUUUGCCGAGCAAGGUACUCUAAUGAGACAUCAACAUAUUCACACUGGAAACAAGCCUUACAGGUGUGAUCAGUGUGGUGCGGCUUUUGCCCGACAAUAUCCUCUAAAGACUCACCAACGUAUUCACACUGGAGACAAGCCUUACAGGUGUGAUCAGUGUGGUGCGGCUUUUACCCGACAAUAUACUCUAAAGAAUCACCAUCGUAUUCACACCGGAGACGAGCCUUACAGAUGUGAUCAGUGUGGAGCGGCUUUUGCCCAACAAGGUUCUCUAAAGAGACAUCAACGUAUUCCUCAUCUGGACCAGGAGAGAGAGAGAGACGCUCUUUAUCAGGAUCCCCUGCUGAGCGUAACUACUCUUUGUUUCAUCAAGAAACACUGACCGGCCGG